CCCACUUCUCUCCGGUUAUCUCCCCUGCAGUGACACCAGUGGCUCCUACAAUCGCUUAUCUAAAACAACAUCACAAAAUAAUCACAGUAGAGAACCCACUCGAGUCUUACUCAGGUAACUGAUUGCAUCCUCUUUGAUUGUUGCAGUGGACGCCGUCUCAAUUAACUGUCGCUUUUAAACCCCACCGCCGCAUCGAUUUCUCCGCCUAUCACUUCUCAUGGAGACUUCCGGUGGUAGUUAUUCUUCGAAUCAGCAGUUUUCAGCCUCCUUUGCCGGUUCGCGGCGAGAUGUUACUUACAGGUGCAUGAUAUGUUAUAGGCUUAAAGCUGUUACUAGGUUUGAGUUAUAAGUUGCAAUGAGACCAAUUUUACUGCAUCACAUCCAGAAAUGAUCAUAUUGAGCUGUGGUUCCUGUGGCUAUGAUUUAAACCUGAACUCAUCUAGUCGGAAUACAUCUACCAUUGGUUCCAAAUAUGGAAAAUCUAUCAAGAAAGGGAUCAUAUCAUUUUUCACAAUUGAUGAGAGUCGGUUCAAUCAGGCCGAAGAAUUUAGUUGUGUGCCCUACUUCAUCUUCAAGCACUCUUGUGGUAUUUUCAGUCGGAAAACAAAACUCCUAUGCCGGAAAUGUGGGAACCUUGUUGGAAUUGCUUCUGACCUGAACAAUGAUUCUCCUAUCCACCUCAUAACAGACGGGUCAGAUUCACCCUCUAGCAGUGAAUUCACCAGUAAGAGAAAUACCAUGUAUGCAUCGAACCUAAUGCUUAACACCGAAGAAGUCAUGUUGGCACCCAUGUUUCAAUACGUAAGUAAGAAGCAUGAGUUUUUGUCGAGUGUCGGCCUACCUGUCCAGAACGUCGAUUUGUUGCUUUCGUCCGACUUGUCAAUUGUGUAUCUAUUAUUGGCGUGCUCAAGAUUGGGUUUUUCUAAGGUUCUUAAGUCUUGUAGGUAUAAGGUGCUAAACGAUUCGAACUUACGACUAAUGAAGCUUCUUAUAUUGUAUGUGCAAAUGAUUUGCUGAUGAGAUAGCGAAAUCUCCCUGACAUUGUCCAUUGCUUCUGCGAUACUUCACUCUCAGUUUGUGAAAGGUGGUUUAUAUUCGGUGUAAAGACAGAGUGAUUGCUGCAUACUUGAGAUAUCAAAUUGUUAAAAGCUCUACAAAGGUCCCACUUCUUUGUUCCUGUGUCCUAGUACAAAAUAUGUGUGUGUGUGUGUGUGUGUGUGAGAGAGAGAGAGAGAGAGAGUUGUUGAUGAGAAGCACCAAGAAUUACAGUUCUUUCUUAAAUUCAAAGAUUUCAGAUCACUGUUUAAGCAACAAUAAGUUGUUGGCUUUUGUA